CGUGACGACUUUUUCGUCGAUAUGCUGUCCUCUCCGUAUGUGGACGCAGAAAAUCGCCUCAAGAAUUAAGUAAAUCAAAAUGGAAACGUGUAAAACACAGUCAUCAAAGCUAUUCGCACUGUCUGCGGUCGAUCUGCGGGACGAUUUCGAGGAGCGCUUCGAGAGGGCUCACCAGAACUUCGUGCCCAUGACCGCAGGACUGAGCGACAAGGAGCUGCACGACCUUCUGGCCACCGCCAUGAGCAAGGACAAGCAGCACGAGGACGUGUCGCUGGGCAUGAUCUACACCAUCCUCACGGAGCCGCCGCAGGCCGCCAAGACGUACCGCGACCUCACGCUGCUCUCCCGCGACGGCCUGGCCUUCGCCACGACCAACGUCUCCAUGCUGGUGGCGGACAAGUAUCCCAAGAUGACGGACACGGCGCGCAAGCAGCUGCUGUGGCUGGUGCGCGAGUUCGUGAAGAACGCCGUGCUGAACGUGGACCAGAUCAUCUGGAACAUGCUGCGCCAGGCGAGCGGCGGCGACGUCUCGCCGCGCAAUCUGCUGCUCGUCGAGGGGCUGCUGGACAUCUUCAUCGACCACCGCCAGUGGCUGGAGAAGACGCCCUUCCUCGUCGGCACCGUCGUGUACACCUACGUGCGCCUCAUCGAGGACCACACCAGCCCACAUCUCAACGCGCUGCGCUCCAAGGAGGUGAAGUUCGUGGUGUCGCUGAUCCGAGACCGCUUCGCGGACGUCAUCCCGCUCGGGCGGGACUUUGUGCGGCUGCUGCAGAAUGUGGCGCGCAUCCCGGAGUUCGAUCAACUGUGGAAGGACAUCUUUCUCAAUCCAAAGUCGCUGUGCGCCUCCUUCACGGGCGUCUGGCAGAUCCUGCAGACGCGCACCAGCCGGCGCUUCCUGCAGUCGCGCCUCACGCCGGAAAUCGAGCGCAAGCUGCACUUCCUCACCAGCAGCGUCAAGUUUGGGAAUCACAAAAGAUACCAAGACUGGUUUCAAGAUAAAUACUUCACCACGCCAGAAUCUCACAGCUUGCGGUCGGACUUGAUAAGGUUCAUCAUAAAUGCAAUCCACCCGACCAACGAUAUGCUCUGCUCAGACAUAAUUCCGCGCUGGGCCAUCAUCGGCUGGCUGCUGACGUCGUGCACAAAUCCAACGGCGCUGGCGAAUGCCAAGCUGGCGCUGUUCUACGACUGGCUCUUCUUCGAUCCCAUGAAGGACAACAUCAUGAAUGUUGAGCCGGGCAUUCUGGUGAUGUAUCAUUCCAUACGGAAUCAUCCGCUGGUGAGCAGCACACUGCUGGACUUCCUCUGUCGCAUCAUGAAGAACUUCUAUCCCAAGAGUGAGGAUAAGAUUCGCAUGGGUGUGUACAAUUCGCUGCGGAAGAUCCUGGAGAAGCAGGUGAUACCGAAUCUGUAUCCACUGUUUGAGUCGCCCAAGUUGGAUCGUGAGCUGAAGCAGAUGAUUAGGGAGAACUUUCGUGAGUUCUGCAGCGGACCAAAUCCAGUUGAUGCCAAUCAGAUGGCUAGUGAUGACCGUACAAAUCUCUAUAUCAUGGACGAGCGCCUCGGCGCGCCGGGUGUGCACAACAACUUCAACAGUGACGACAAAGUAUUCAAUCGGCAGCCGGGCGAGCUGAGGCCGCAUCCGCAGACCGUGACAAACGCCACGACGACCGCCAAUGAGCAGAAUGACGGCGAUGCCGGUGAAAAUGAGGUGGAGUUCAGUGACGACGACGAGGACGCGGCUGGCGUGAAGACGGAGGACUUGACCGAUGACGAUGACGAUUUGCCACUAUCAAAGGUGCGCUUAAAAGAGAAACCAGCACCGGAUAAAGUUGACCUUCCAUCAUCAAUUGCGAGUUCAUUUGACACUUUCAUGUCGUCAAAAUCGUAUGAUGACUUUGAGAGUUUCCUGCUGGACUUUCGAUCGUGUUCAUCUCUGGAUGGGGAACAGGAGACUUAUGUGGCGAACAAUGUGGUGAAUAUCCUGAAGAGUACGCUGCCGAAGCCAAAUGUCUUUCCCGACUCGAAGCACGAUGAGAAGCUGGCGGAGAGCAUAGAGCACGCGAUCUUUGCGCUGUGCAAGAUAUUCUAUCAGCACGAGGAGAAGUGUCGGAAGUGCAUAACGAAUCUAUUGGUGGCCGUGUACAAUCGAAUACCGAGUGCGGGUUUUCUCAUUCUCUACUUCUUGAAAGUGCACACGAAGCUGCAGUCGCGAAAGAAUCCAAAUGUGGUGUUCAAGACGAAUGUGUACAGAAAUGUGUGUGAUUCCGUGGGCCAGAGUGUUGAGGGAUGUCUGGCGAGGGAUUUGACGCAGAUGGAGAGGGAGAGUCCACACUUCUUCCUCUGGCUGCUGCCGGACAUUUAUAGGGAGUUCAAGAGUAGCAUGAUAAACAAUUGUGAUGUGCUGAGAACGCUGGUGGGAAGUAUUGACGCGAAGAAUCUGAGAGAUCUUAUUUACUGUGUGACGCAGGGAAAGUUGGUGAUAUUCAAGAAUGAUGGCGUGAUUGACUGCGUGCGUGACAGUCUCAGUUAUGAGACAUUUGAGCAAUUCUGUCUGUGGCAAUUGCUGCAGGCUCACGACGUUCCCAUUGAAUUUCUCCAGGACAUUCUGCCAGAGCUGGAGUCAUCGAAUCACGCCGAGGCUCUGACGUACAUGCUGAUGCUGCUGAAGAGUGAGAAGCCCAAUGCGGAGCUCGUGCGAUUGCUGUUGAGUAGAGAGACUAAAAAUCGUGGCGAUCCAUUUGUCACGUCAGCUUUAAGGUACUGGUGUCAGGAGUUUGAGGAGAAAUUGUCGGAAAUUAUUGCUGGUCUCUUGACAUCAAAGUACCCGAACAGUUCACCAAAUAAACGGAAACGUCCGCUGAAGAACAAUUCAGUGCAAACAACAUCACCAACAUCUGAGCAGCUUCUCAGUCAUUUAGAACACUUUCGGCGGAGCUGCAGACAUGGAAAUGGCACAGGAACGGGCAUGUACGUGCAGGAUGCGAUGCAACGUGCUCUGCAGCAGGCGUUCUCCCACAGUAGUGACAGCACAAAGAAACAAUACUGUGAUUUAUUCGCAUUGGCGGCGGAGGAUGAGACGAGCGGUGUGGGUCGGAGGGGCGCAAGUGGGCGGGGAAGGAAGCAGCCACCGAGCAAAAAGGAGUCCAGCAGCACAUCAAAUGCAUCCAGCAAGAAGAAUAUUGAACCUCUGUCUAGUUUUAUCUCAAGUGAUGAGGAGUCGAGUGAGGACGAGUGGUCGAAGCCAAAAGCAGCGAAGAGGCGAAAAAAGGCUAUAAGUGAUUCAGAUUGACGCAUGUGAAUGGACAAGGCGGCACUUAUUUAUUUUAAUGAGAAAAUUGUAAAUUUCGACGACGAGGAGAGGAGGAGGAAGAGGAGGAGGAGAAAGGAGAGGCGGAAGGAGGUUUACCAGCAUGUGAAACAGCGCCGUGUAAAGUGAAGAGGCGAGAGAAGAGACGAUGAAAGUUCUGUGUGUCCCCGCAAAAUGUUUCAUUUUGAGAGAGAGAGAGAGAAAGAAUCCCCACUUUUUGAUUUCCUUUUGUAAAUAUUUUGCGAUAAAUAAAAUAAUUGUAGUACAAUGGAAUUCUGUUGCUAGCAAUUUUUAUCAUAAUUUUUGCGAUUAAUUUUAGUGAUAAAGUAAUUUUUAUUUAGCAUAAAAAGUAUAUAAAAAAAAACGAAGAGAAAUCACGAUGAGAAGAGCCUGUAAAUAAUGAAUUAAUUGUAGUUGUUUUACAUAUUAGAUGUAUUCACACGACUUUCCUUUAUGUUUUUUUUUUCUUUUCUUUUUUGUUCUCCUUUUUGGAAAUGUGUGUGUGAGAAGAGGAUGUGAGAAAUGCGCGGAUUUGAAGGACUUUGUCUACUGGACACUCUUGAUAUUUUGAAAUCACGCAAAGCAGUCUCUGGGACAGGGAAAUGGUGGAGAUGAAUUUGGAGAGGUUUUUGCCGGGAAAUCACGAGAAAGACGCAAGAUCGUGAUGUUUUUUCCCCCCAAAAAAGUGACUCAAAGCAAUUCACAAUUUUUCUAAUCUCCGGAAAUUUUAUCAAUUGAACAACGUGAUUUUUAAAAUUAAUAGGCUGCCAGCAUUUAUACAAUUAAAAGAAGAAGAAGAUAAAAAAAAUGACGAGAAAAAUAGAUGAAAAGAAAAACAGAGGAAAAAUGCAUUAAAAAAAAAACUGAUCAUGAAACAUUGUAAACGUUAGUGAACCCAAGAAAUGUUAUUAAAUAAAGAAGGAUUAAUUAACA